AUGGAGGAGUGCUACUAUCUGAAGAAAAUCAUGGAGGGGAUUAUUCAACAAGGGACACCGCCUCCCAACCAAUGGCGAGGGAGAUUUGUGGCUAGGGAAGAUGGCGACCCCUCAGAGACGGUCGAAGGCAAUCGCUGCAAGCAGUCGGCAACCGACGAAGAAGAAAUCCAGUGGAGACAGAAGCCGGUUAUCAAUAUGAUAGUCGACGGACCAGAAGGAGGCGACUCUGCCAACACUAGAAAGGCCUGGGCUCGGCAAUUGUACGUGCGGACGGUUUACGGGCGAGAAGGUGGCUCGAAGAAAGCAUGUCGAGAGCCUAUUGCCUUCACAGACAAAGAUCUACCCACCGGCGAAACACCACAUCGCGACGCUCUAGUCAUCGCAAUGGAUGUAAAUGGAGUAGUUGUCCGGCGAAUCCUGGUGGACACCGGAAGCAGCGUUAAUGUCUUAUAUCUCGAAACCUUCGUCAAAAUGGGAUUAUCACGGGAACAGCUAGCCUCAGUCAAGACGCCACUGGCCAGCUUCACGGGCGACUCCGUGGAAACUGAGGGAUCUAUUGUUCUGCCCGUCGAGGUGGGUACAUAUCCCGAUGUACAGAAGCUCGACAUGAAAUUCAUCGUGUUCGAUUUGGCAUGCUUUCACAAUGCAAUCCUCGGCCGACCUGGUUUAGAAGAUUUAGGAGCUCUGAUCUCCGUUGAGCAUCUUUGCUUAAAGUUCCGCGCACCAAGUGGAGUAGGUACGGUGCGUUGCGACAGAAGAGCCGCCCGCUACUGCUACCUACAAGCCUGCCGGGGUAUGAGCAAAUGA